AUGCCUCAAACUUCUGAUCCUGCCAUAGUCUGUGCUGAAAACAUAGCCACGUUGUCUUUAUUUCAUAGUAUCCCCGUUCCACCAAUAUCCAACAAAGUUGGCCUUGCACCACCCGAUAACGAGCAAUACUCCUUAUCUUUUGACCAAGAGCGUAAGCUAGCCGGGACACUGGCAUUCCUUGCGCAUAUCAAGGAUGAUGCUGAACACAUUCCCGCCGUGUGUAUUGAGGAAGACUUGGACUCAUUUGCCUUAAACGUGAUUCUGGCUGUUAACAAGGCUAAAGCCCAUGAUGGAGACGAUGUGAUUCAUCGUGUCCAACAAGGGUUUGAGGGUAUUUUCAAAGUCCUUGCGAGAAUUUCUGGCGAAUCAGAUGAGUCACUCAAUAUUAAAGACCAGAUUCUUUCCAUGAUCGUCUCAAUGUGUUCAUGUCGCAUCCUCUCCCGCCUGCGACUAAGCCCUACAGGAAGGAAACCGCUGAAACGAUCAAUCAAGGAUAUUCUUAACGAAGCAGCGAUGGCCUUUACGAGGAUUGAUCGGCGUAAACUGGAAGAUAGAAAUCUCCUAAUAAGCAUGGAACUAUUGACAUCCAAAGUCAAGGAAGCUAGAAAACUUGCCGACUCAUGGUCUCGAUAUCAGGUCACCCCACGGCUAGUAGAUCUUGUGUAUGGCAUCUAUCAAAUAUACCAGGUCGAACAGCUUCCGGUAAUAGUCAACCUUAUACCGAAUCGCGAUAUGAGUCCCAGUGCAAGAGAAAAUUUUCUGAAUAUCGUUGGUAAAGUCUAUCAAUAUCGAAAUGCCGCAAGAUUCUUGUAUCGGACUGCGAAAGCGUUUCCAUUGGCUCGAAAAAUGAGGACGGUACCUGUUCACCUAUCGCAGGACGCAUUUAGUACGCCUUCACUUGACGGAUACACACCAGACUUGUUGUCCAAAGUUGUAGAGGGAAGCCCCAAGGGCAAACAGCCGAAGAUUUUUAAAGAAAUAUGCCGCGCUCUGGACUUGGGUGAGCAAAGGGCAACUGACCAGUUCUCCCGUCAAGUUAAAAAGAGUUUAAAAGAGGCGAAGAUCCAUGCCGAGGUUCAAAUCAUCACAUAUUGCGAACUGCGAUCGCCAGCGUCACUUCCGCGAGUGAUCUGCUCGAGCAAAGACGCUUGCUUUCUUUGCAACUUGUUCAUCCAGGUAUACAAGAAGAUAUAUACACCCCGGUCUCAUGGACGGCUAUAUCCUGGAUGGCGGUUACCUCGGGUACCACAGCUUAGAGAACUAGAGCAACGAUUUUGCCAAUCACUAGAGGAUAUAUUUAGAGAGAGCCGCACUGCGCUUCUGUCGACUGGCCGGAAAACCCUCUAUCCAUGCCCUAAUGAAAGUACCCUCUUUACACUCGGUGUGUCUGGGACAACAGUAGACAUCACGCCGUCGAAAUUAAACCAAACAGCACAACUUGGUCUGGCAAUGCACAGGCGGGCGACCGUUCCACUGAAUUUAAGCCACUGUGAUGCUCACAGUACGGAUAAGUUUGUGAAGCCAGAAGUCAGCGACUCGGAUUCUACUUUAUCUCGUCCGCGGUAUCUCUGCCCAGAGCAGCAAAAAGCCGGGUCUAGGAGUGAUGUAGCAUUACUUCAAGGCUCAAAAAAGCUAGAUUCCAUCGGUCCCGAAGAAACAUCAGAGUUUUACUGUGCAGGCUCUUUGGAGAUGCAAGUUGAGUGCAUCGCAGAUUUAGCAAGUUUUAAAUACUCCAUUGAGUGGCUCAACCACGAAGAAGCUAUAAAGACUCGAGAAAAAGGUGUUUCAUUACCACUCAUUGAUGCAGAACACAUUGAGGGAGAAGUCACUCUAUGUCAUAGUAAUAUAUUAUACAUCAGCAGCAGGGAUACAGUUUUGAAGAUCUGUUGGAGUUGA